AUGGAGCUGACCCCCGUCCCUCUACCUGUGGCCCAGGAGCAGAGGAGUAGUGGCAAGCGACCAUUGCCAGAUGCCCCGGGGUCGGCGUCAGGCUCGGAGGCGAAACGCACCCGCCAUCCUUGCGCUGGGGGAAUCGCCACCCCUCGAGGCCUCGUCCCGCUGCUGGCGCCGAAGAAGGCGCUACGGGUGUCGUCCACCUCCGCGGGGCGGACCGCGACUCCGCCGGCAGCGAGCGGCGGUGUCACCAGGGAGACAGCGGAGCCUACCGCGGAGGUGGCUCCUACGGCAGCAACCGGUGGAGUGGUGCUGCAGCCAGGCACGGGGCAGGGUCUGACCCCUGCUCCGCCCUCUGCCUCCUCGGCCGACCUCGCGGGACAAGGCAUUGCCCCUGGGGGCCCUCCGACCGGGGAGGUGAUAGACCUCGACGACGAGGCGGAGGAGGAGCGUGCGGCUCCGACGGUGGUGGCAGAGACGGGGGCAGUCGCCCCAGCAACCGUGACGGGGACGGCGGUGGCGACGGAGGAGAGAGAGUCCGCCCCCGCGGCUAUGACGGGGACAGCGGCGGCGGGGGAGGUGAGGACGCCCGUCCCGGUGGCGGCGGCGGAGGUGGGGACGUCCGCUCAGGAAGCCGUGGCGAAGGCAACGGUAGCGGCGGAGGCGGGGGUGCCUACUCCGGCGGCCACAACGGGGGAGAGGACGCCUGCCUCAGUGGUCGCGACGAAGGCCGCGGCGGUGGCGGGGACGGGAAUGCCCGCUCCGGCAGCCGCGAUGGAGACGGUGGCGGCGGCGGAUGGAUCAGGACGCACGUCGGCGUCGAUGACGGCCGCGGUGACCUCGACAAGGAUGGCGGCGCACGCGCCGGGGCCGUUGACGAGGCCAGCGGCAUCCGGGGUGGCGGUGCUUGCCCCGGCGGCGACGUCGAGGACGGCGGCGCUGAGGGCGGCCGGAGCGGCCUCUACCCUUGUCUCGGUCAAUCCCAUUCCCAAGGCGUGGAGUGGGACUACCCUGCGCUGGAUGUCCCGUGAUGACCCGCAAAGACCCCUCUUCACGCUGGAUAACGCCGAGGAGUAG